CUUGUGCUGGGACAUUUUUGUUGGAUUAUUGGAAAUAGAGUGUACUGAAAGAAAUAGCCUAGAAAACAGUGGAAAUCCUUAGUACUUUCUUCUCCUCUCUUUUUCUUCUGAAACAAAACGUUCGAUGAGGCUUGUUAGAUCCCAGUCCCAAGAUAUGGAAGAGCGUCUCUCCCCGUCCGCGCGCUUGGGUCGCAACCCUGGAUCCCAAACCAGGAUCCACAGCAUUGAAUCCAUUUUGGGAUUUAAAGGAGAGACUAUCUUCCACACGGCUUUUUCUUAUCGAGAUAUGAAGCCGGUCAAAGACGCUGAGCUUCUGUCUUCCCCCAAAAAGGACUCCAAAAACUUUGAAGGUGUGUGUAGAUCCGCCGUCAUGGUCAGUCCGGAUCUGCUGGAUGCGGAUGGCGGUAAAUUAUCGGAUGAUGAAAAUCCCAAGAAAAAGCACCGGCGGAACCGGACCACGUUCACAACCUUCCAGCUGCACGAGCUCGAGAGAGCGUUUGAGAAGUCGCAUUAUCCUGACGUGUACAGCAGAGAGGAGCUCGCGCUCAAGGUCAACCUGCCAGAAGUUCGAGUUCAGGUGUGGUUCCAAAACCGCCGUGCAAAGUGGCGACGUCAGGAGAAACUGGAGGUGAGCUCCAUCAAGCUGCAGGAGUCUUCCAUGCUGUCCAUCCCCAGAUCGGGGCCGCUGUCUCUGGGUAGCGGUCUGCCAUUAGAUCCCUGGCUUACUGGACCGAUCACCUCCUCCAGCUCUCCCCUGCAGUCCCUGCCCAGCUUCAUCACCCCUCAGCAGGGAGUACCAGCCAGCUACACCCCUCCACAGUUCCUCAGCUCAGCUACACUCAACCACCCUCUGCCCCAUAUAGGAGCGGUGUGCCCCCCUCCACCGGCUUAUCAGUGCUCAGGCUUUAUGGAUAAAUUUUCACUAGAAGAGUCAGACCCACGAAACACAAGUAUCGCCUCGCUAAGAAUGAAAGCGAAGGAACACAUCCAGUUUAUAGGGAAGACAUGGUAAACUGAGGAUGAUGCUGGACUGAGACACUCAGAGACUUGUUUGCAUCUCCCUUUAACUUUCUAAAUCUGACUCUUUUUGAAGAGAAAUGGUUUUCCCAUCUUCACGUGUGGUUCAGAAACCUCCCAGAGUUGUUCUUUGUGGAUGACAAGCUUUGUAAAACAAAUUUACUGUACAUUUCUGUCAUUUUUAUUUUUAUUACUUUAUUAUGAGUUAAUUUGAUAAAUAUUCCUUGCUAAU